AUGACAGUUGACAAAUUAAACAACCUUUGCAAGUUCAACAAACGGCCAGAAUGGAGGAUGAGAAAUGAGAUGUUGACCGCGGAAGUGGAAUUUGAGAAGUGCUGUCAUCAAUCAGUCUUUGUCAUCUAUUCUGUACGAAUUCUCAAAUUACUACGCUUCUUACAUGAAGCCAGCAUUCAUGAAUUAUUAGUUAUCCCAUGUUACACGACACGUGGGAAUAUUGGAAUGCUUACAGCAAAUAGCAUCACUUUAUCCCACCAACCGCUUUUAACUAAGUGGUUAAAAGGUACAAGUUUAAAUAUCGAUGAAAUUUUAUCACAAGCAAAUAAUUGA